AUGCUUCAACUGCAUAAAUUAAAAAAUCAUUUAAUUGUCAACUUGCCAAUUAUAUCAGCGAUCAUCGAUACGCUUUGUACAAAAGAUGCCAUUCAAUAUCCGGCUGAAGGACGACUAAUUACACCGUACCUCAAAAUGGACUUCAUUCGACCGAAACGUGACUGGUCAAACAAAUUUCCUGAUGUGCUGCGGUGGCAAGGCAGUAUUAAAUGCCGAAAUUAUCAAAUUAUAACGGCUGAUGAUUCGUGGUCAACAGAUAUCGAUGAUGAUAUCCAGUUAUAUUUAAUCAAUCGCUUCGAAAGAUGGUUUUGUAAUUUUACUGAAAAUUCAAGUAGUGAAAAUACAGCAUUCACAAUUCGAAAUUCUUCUGGACUGCAAUAUGAUGGCAAUUGUUGGCAGAAUUUCAAAACAUUCAAUAAUUACACUUAUCAAGUUUCAUUUCUAUGCCUGCAUCGAUGUUUAUCAAAAUAUCGCGUGAGAGACGGAAUAAUCGAUUGUGAAGAAGCAGAUGAACAGAUAAUUGAUCAAGUUGACAAUUCAUGUCCACGUGUUCAACGUCAUCGACUUGUGUGUUCGUCUAAUGAAUCGUCUUGUCUGAUGGCUGGUGCAGUCGGCGACUUUGGUACGUCAUGUUCAAACGAUCGGGAUGAAUAUAUGAAAAAUGGUUUUGUUAUCCAAGAUAAUGUCAUCUAUCAAAAACGAAACGCUGACGGUUGUUCGUUUCUUAAAAAAUACAUCAAUACACCUGAUUAUGUUAUUCCGCUGGUGACAAAGAUUUCAUUUCCGUACUAUUGUGAUUCAUUCUUUAAUACAGAAUCAGGACGAGAUGAAAUAAGCGAUUUAUGUCGCCACUGGCUUUGUCCGGGUGAUCAAUUUAAAUGCUUAACUGGACAAUGUAUAAAACAAGAAUGGCUUUGUGAUGGCGUAUGGGAUUGCAGUGAUGCGUCUGAUGAAGAAGGAUUGUUUUAUAAUGGAUAG